UCUAUUUAUAUUAUUGUUUCAAUGGAUCCAUAAUUCUGUAUGCAAUAAUUAUGUUGUGGAACUUCUUUCCAGUAUCUGGCCUAUUUUCCAGGUUAGACCCAUCUUCAUCUUCUCCACAGAAUGGUUAUCGCUAAAUGAAAGCCAAUGGUUGUGUGUACUCCUAGGCACCCUCAAAGCCUCUCUGUUUUUUGUUUCUUGGGGUUUAUUUUGGCUAUUUUUCUCACUGUUGCUGAAAUAACUAUAUUUUUCAAAUGUUCUUUAUCAAGUCAUCAUAAUCACAGUGAGUAUAUGACUCUAUGGGUUCAAGGUUGUGUGUUCAUGUCAAAUCAAUAUUCAAUAUCCCACUGAUAGACGGAGAGACCCUUGUGGGUCAUUUUGUAAUAAUAUUGGUCUUGGUUAGUGUUGAUGGCCGAAUGCAAUUUCUUAUUCUAUAAGAAUAAGACCAGUAUUCUUGGUGGAUCAAUAGACGGAGUUUACUUCAGAGAGGAAAGGCAAGUACUUCUUGAUUUUCUUCUGAAAUCAGUCCUGAUGACUCAAAUCUGUGGUCAGAAUAUAUGCCAUUCAUACUAGUCCUAAUAAUUUUCCUGCUAGAGAGCUGGAAAUUGUAAGUAAAGAAAAUCACUAUAUUAUACAGGAUUCUACUGUCAGAUUAUUUGUGACAGUUGGUUCUUUUUGGCUCUCAGAACAAUGGAGAUUACCAACUCUGGUUCCAUCCUGGCCAUGCAGAAGCUCCAAGACCACUGCAAGGUUAUGAGUAUCUACAGGAGGUCAUAAUGACCCACCUUCAACACACCUACAGUAGAGUAAAUUCAAAAAAUUCUACAGCUUUUCCUCUCUUGCCUGGAUUGCUUAGGCAAGACCUAAACUUGGAGGGGCAAUUCAUUUUAAAGCCCCGAUACUCAGCUAUAAGCCAGCAGCAGAAAUCAACGGAAAUACUGAAGAAGAAGGAAAGAACUUAUAGGACACGAUGCUUCCCCAGGGCCUAUGUGCCCCAUGAGGACCAAGGGUACACUGUCCCAAAAGUUAAGAAGAAGGGAAAACUCUUUGGUAGAGAGUUGAAUUGGAUCUGUAAGGAUGGAAAAUGGCCCACCGAAAUUCUGGACAUCCUGUCCCUCUUAAGAGAAAAGGGCCCUACAGCAGUAGGUAUAUUUAGUAUAGCUCCUAGUGAUGUAUUGUGCAAAGGAGUGAAAGAAAAACUCGACUCUGGGCAAAAGGUGAAUAUAAGAAAACACUCGGUGCACCUGGCAAGCUGGAUUCUAAAGGAGUUUCUUCAAAUGAUUAAAGGCAGUCUAUUGACCUCUCAGCUGUAUGAGCACUGGCUUUCCAUACCCGAAAUGGUCAGCAAUGAAGAAAAACUAUCAACAGCAAAGAGGCUUUUAGAAGAACUCCCGCCACUGAAUGCUGCAUUCCUGAGACAGAUGUUUAGAAUUCUAAAUAAAAUAGCCAGAAAUUCCUCGAUAAACCACAUGCCAGCAUACAGUCUCUCUGCUGCAAUAGCGCCAUUUCUUUUAUGCCUUCCUAGAUAUGGAAAUAAAGUACUGGCUACUGAUAUUUCCAAAAAGAUUUCUCUCGUAACAUUCCUCAUAGAUAAUUCUCCGAAACUGUUCGGGCUAGAUAUUGUUGCACUAUGGUAUGAAACCUCGUUUUAUCAUGGACCCGGAGGAAAUACCUCAUGUGACCAGGUUACUACAUCUAAUAUCAUCACCCGAAAUGAACCAGAACAUGGAGCCAGCAGCUGCCCCAAGGGGAGGACAUACACCCCUGACCAUGAUGAACCAGUAAUAAGUCAAGUGACUCCUCCUCUCUCUGAGGGCACUAACGAAUCAGAGACUCAAGAAGAUAAUAUGAAUGCAACCCAGCAAACAACUUCUCAAACUCCUACUGCACCACCAAAAAACCAAGUAUUUCGUACUUGUCCACGGUUUAUAUGCUUGGACAAAAUGCUACCUUCUAUACUUGAUAUGAUAUCGGUCAUUGAGGAAAAAGGACCAGAAUCAGAAGAAGUAUUCCAAUCCAUUUCCGAUAGAUCACACUUGGUCCUGAAGGAUAAGAUCUAUACUGAGCAACACAUCAAUUGGGACCAAGAAUCCGUACUCACAGUAGCUUACCUUUUAAAGGAUUUUAUUAGAAACAUACAAGGAAGCUUACUUUAUUCAGAUUUGUAUGAAAAUUGGCUUAGUGUCCUUGAUGAAGAAUCCCUGCUUGGAAAAAUUUCAACUAUACGAAGCCCCACAUGUGUUAUGGGAUCAGACUUGUGUGAACUCAUUAUUUGGAAGUGACAUUCCAAAAAAGAUCUCUGUUAUACAAAUCAUGAUUGAUAACUUUGCAGAUAUAUUUGGAGAAGAUGACCCUAUAAUUUGUGACAACAGUCAGAAGAGGUCAGAUGACAUAAAGACUACAGUAAAUACUGCUGCAGGGGACAACGAAACAACUGCAACAUAUGACUUUCCACAAAGGAAACUUCCUCAUGACUAAAGAAGGUUCCUGUCAUUCUAUUUCAAUAAAAGAAACAACUUCAAUUAUACAUUUACCCAUAUUAUUUAUUACAAAUAGAUUCACUCACUAUUUAUUUCAAGUUAUGUAUUACAUAUUCUUAUCUAUUAUAAUAAAUUGAAUUAAAUUGUUA